AUGGACGGUGCUGAAACGAAGCAUCGACUAAAUGGAUUGAAGGCGUUCUUGGACACCGAACAUGGUAUUCUACGAGUUGGAGGGCGUAUCAAACGAGCUUUCAUUCCAUAUGAUAGCCGUCAUCAGAUGCUGCUCCCAGCGAAGCAUCCGAUCACCGAAGCACUUGUACUAUACUUGCACCAGGAGAACUUGCACAUCGGGCAGAAGGGUCUGCUUGCGAUCGUUAGACAACGAUACUGGCCACUAAAUGUGAAAACCAUGAUUCGUAAGGUGAUUCGGAAUUGUGUACCGUGUUUCAAAGCGAACCCGCUUAAGACGACACAAAUGAUGGGUGACUUACCGUCUUAUCGCAUCCGACCUGCUUCAGCUUUCUCAAAUACCGGCGUUGACUAUGCCGGACCUUUCUGGAUCAAGUCGUCAUCCACUGCGCGUAAGCCACUUAUCACGAAGGCCUACGUGAGCUUGUUUGUGUGUAUGCAGACGCGUGCCAUACAUCUUGAAUUGGUCUCUGAUCUGAGACGAUUCACAAGCCGACGUGGAUACCCGAAAACGAUGCGUUCCGAUAAUGUGACUAACUUUGUCGUGGCUAAAACCGAACUCCACGAGCUGUGGCUGCUGCUCCGUAAUCAGUGUGCCUUAGGAAAAAUCACGAGCUACUGCACCGGUAAAGGGAUCGAGUGGUCGUUCAUACUACCACGGAGCCCCCACUUUGGUGGCAUUUGGGAGACUGGUGUAAAGCAGGUGAAACAUCACCUGACUCGAAUUGUCUGUCAUCGGAAGCUCAUCUAUGAGGAAUUGUACACCACACUAACGCAAAUUGAAGCGGUUCUUAAUUCACGGCCACUAGCGCCAUGUUCAGAUGACCCAACGAUUACACAGCCAUAA